AUGGCAGCCAAAAGGGAGAGCUGGGGCUACACAGAAAUCAGCUUCCAGAAAUUCUGCUACAGCUGGACCAUAAGCAACUUCCGUUUUUUCCUGCAGGAAAUUAGGGAAGCCAUUAAAAGCCCAACCUUCUCAUCGGGAGCCAGUGACAAAAGCCAAUGGUGUCUGAAAGUACACUCAAAAGGGAUUGAUGAAGAAAGCAAAGAUUACUUAUCAGUUUACCUAGUGUUGCUCAGCUGCCCAAAGAGCCCAGUAUGGGCAAAAUUCCAUUUUUGGAUCAUCAUCAAUUCUGAAGGAGACAAAACCCAAGGCAUGAAGAGCCCAAGAUUCUUCAGGGUGCUGCAAAAUCAACACUGGGAAUUUAAAAAGUUCAUCCUUCGAGAUUUCUUUUUGUCCCUGGAGCCUAGGCUCCUUGAAGAAAAUGAGCUGAGCCUCGGAUGCCAGGUGACUGUGGUCCAAAACUCCUUAGACAUGCCUGAAAAGAGCACGACGCCAGAGAUCCAAUUUCCAAGGUGCACGAUGGCAAAUGAGCCAGGAGAGCUGUGUGAGAAUUCCCUCUCCACGGACUGCUGCCUGGUGGUAGUUGGCCGGGAGUUCCUGGCUCAGAAGGCCAUCUUAGCAGCUCGCUCUCCAGUUUUCAGAGCCAUGUUUUAA